AUGGAGAGAGUCAGCAUCCCCCUGCAGCUGAGAGUGGUACAGUCCCAACCCUGCCAAGCAGAACAGGAUGACAAGUGGAGCACUGGACUUUGUGAAUGCUGGGGGGAUAUGGAUGAUUGUUGCUGUGCUUUUUGGUGCUUGCCUUUAUUUGUUUUUAAGACGAACAGGGCCGCAGGGGGGUGCCCCUGUCUGCCCCUUUUGGACUGUGUUGGAUGUGGAACGCCAGCAUCACUGGCCAUGCGUGCAGCUGUAAGAGAACGUUACGGCAUUGAGGGUGAUGUUUGCAGUGACUGUUUUUAUGGCUGUUGUUGCUAUCCGCUGUCCUGGUGUCAGAUCUCCCGCGAGAUUAAUAAGAGACGGGCAGCUGUGCAGGCCCAUGCCAGCUCUUUAUCAUCCUCUAAAGCCCAUUACACACAGCUGGUGGAUCAAGAUGAUGUGCAUCUCAUCUAG